AUGAAGCACCUCACCCCUGCACCCCGGGCCACUCUGGCCCUCAGCCUGGUCUUUGCCUCCUUCCACUUGGUUUGCUUGGCAGAAGCAAGGAACAGCAUCAACGCAACCUUGACCACCCACCACCCAGACCCCGGAACCCUGGAGCAGUGUCCCAAUGUGGACUUCUGCCCGCAGGCAGCCCGGUGCUGCCACACUGGAGUGGAUGAAUACGGCUGGAUCGCGGCCGCGGUUGGCUGGAGCCUGUGGUUCCUCACCCUCAUCCUGCUCUGUGUGGAUAAACUGAUGAAGCUCACUCCGGAGGAGCCCAAGGAUUUGCAAGCAUGA